AUAAAAGAUUCCGAGCUUCCCCUGCCCCCCUCAUCCAUCUCUGGGGAGCGAGGGAUUACGACAACGGAUAAAAGCAAGGGUAGAGGGGGAGAGGAGCAGAGAGGAAGAGAGGGAGGGAAAUACUGUUGAAUGUGCUUGAUCGUCUUUUUUCUCUUUUAAACACACUGUAACAUCUAGCAGAGUCAGAGAGGAAGAAGAAGAGAAGGAGGAACAUUGGGGAGAAUGUUUCUAGAUCUGUCUUCAGAAUCGUUUUCUUCUUUUUUUAGAGGAAGAGUGAAAAUAUAAGGGGAAGCUUUGGAAAAAAGAGAACAGGGAAGGGGAGGGUGAGGGACACGAGGAAGAGGGGAAUUAAUUAACUUAAAGACUUCUAAAGGCUGUGGACAUUUUCUAUCUUGAGAACAGGACUCUUCCAAAAUAAGAACAAAAACAUCACUCAGUAUCUAAACUGUUGAUUUUAUGGCUUUUUUUCAACCUGAAACUGAGCAAUGAAAAGCACGCAUGCAUGAAGAAGUGAGAUGGACGCGACUGAGAUAGAUAGUGAGAGGCAAAACAGAGAAUUCUGACAUGGUGUCGACCCAAAUUGACAGAGACAGAGUGGGGAGAGGAGAGAGUGGGAUGUUUAGUGACAGAGGCAUCUACUACCACAUGCAGGUACACUCGAGUCACUUUUGAAAUCUAUUUAAAUAAACAGCAUUAUCAUCCCGAUCAUUCUCAUCAUCCUCACCAUCAUAGGUCAUCAUUUUCAGGAUCAUAAGACAUCCAUAAUGUGCCCAUCUUUCAUCAUUUCCUCCAGACACCGUCCGCGAGGGGAGACUGUAAUUUCUGUCUCCUCUGUUGAUGACUUUGCCAAUAAGGAAAUAUAUGGAAAACUUCAAUAUUAACUGUAGUUGUUGGAUUUUAUGUUUUCAUCAUUUGAGUGAUUUGACUCAUUUGAGUUAUUUUAAUUGCUUAUUUGAUUCAUUUGUAGAUUGAUGAUCUAUGUGUAUAUUACAAAUUAACAACUAUAAUUGUGAGAUCAUUCUUUUGGGGCUCAUGGAUGCAAUGAAAAGUUUUUGAAUAAUAACCAGCUCUCAUUUGAAUAGGCAUGACUGUAAAUGGUAUUGUACAAUCUGUCUGGUCGAUAUUCUGUAUAACUGCUGAAAUAAAAUAGUUUACAAGAUCCCAUAGCCCUUAUCUCACUGUUUAGCUUACCACAAAUGUUUACAAAUGAAACCAAUAUGAUAAAAAAAUAAAUGCCAUCACGGUAUAUAAUUGCGAUUGAUUGCAAAUCACUUUUCCCCAAAACUACUGAAUAAUCACAAGUCAUUUCAUCUCUCGCCUCAUAGAAACAUUUAUCACUCGCAAUCAGGGACAGCCUUUGUUUCUGUGCUUGGCAUGUCAGCAAAGUCCUCUGCUGAUGUGUUACUAUGAAAAAGGUGUUUAGCGUCCGUCCAGGGGGCAGCUUACAGAGAGGGGGAGGGGUCCGCUGCUAAGCCAGCCAGUCUCUGCCGAGAGGGGCCACGGGAACCAGCGCUCAGCGGUGCCUGCUUCCCUCAUCGACCACUGUUCCAGUCCACACAAGGCAGAGCUACGGUUUAAAAAAAAAACGCCAGAGAAAUGUGUCCUGCCGCUCGUGACACAUGACAGGGACGGAGGAACCUUAGAAGAAGAGAAACCUUAGAUACCUGUGACGACCACUACGGAGGCUGGCUCCGGUCGCGGAGUAGGGGUCGCCCAUCCUUUGGGAAGGAGGGAGAGGACCAGCCAGGGGCCUCCAGAGGAGGAGAAAGCAAUAGAGAGAGAGAGAGAGUCGGGGAAAGUUCCCCCUCUCUCUUUCGACCCGUCUUCUCGCCAGGCUGGCUGGAACAGACAUGGCCUUCACCUUUGCUGCCUUCUGCUACAUGCUCACCCUCGUGCUGUGUGCUGCGCUCAUCUUUUUCGUCAUAUGGCAGAUAAUUGCAUUUGAUGAGCUGCGUACUGACUUCAAGAACCCCAUCGAUCAGAGCAACCCCACCAGAGCGAGGGAAAGAAUUCUGAACAUUGAAAGAAUCUGUAAUCUCCUUCGAAAGCUGGUGGUCCCAGAGUACUCCAUCCAUGGCCUGUUCUGCCUGAUGUUCAUGUGUGCUGGAGAGUGGGUCACUCUGGGCCUCAACAUUCCUCUGCUCUUCUACCAUCUCUGGAGGUUCUUCCACCGCCCCGCGGACGGGUCAGAGGUCAUGUACGACCCGGUCAGCGUUAUGAACUCAGACAUCCUCAACUACUGCCAGAAGGAGUCCUGGUGUAAGCUGGGUUUCUACCUGCUCUCCUUCUUCUACUACCUGUACAGUAUGGUCUACGCCUUGGUGAGCUUCUAAACGAAACACCAAGAGAGAACUGAAGGAAGAGUGAAGAGAGCCGGGGAAAGAGCGAAAGAAAGAGCAAGAAACACAUUUAUUUUAUUUUUUUACCGGUCCACAUCCAGUUCCUCUCCAUCCAUUCUUCAGCUACCCUCGGUGAUUCAUCCACAUCAAACCUCUGGAGGAAACGACUCAGAUGAAUAUCUGAGAACGUUUGGAGAGGGCGAUAUGUGGAGUGAAACCGCUGACUCAGUCCAGACAUCUACGUAGACGUGGGCUGGAGUACGGCAGGAACCCAGGAGGAUGGAAGCGAGACACAGACAGACAGGACGCCUCUCAGUGGUAUUUGUGUUGCCUUUAUUCGACCGUAAUGUUCCUCAAGGGCUGCGAGCGUCCUGGACUGUUCCUGGUGGCGCAGUUGUUUAACUGUGAACCCAAACACUUGUGUUUUAACUCGCUCUUAGUUCAGAUGUUACAGAUUUUAAAAAUCAUACUACCUUCACAAUAAACAAAUAGAUCAUAUCAGUAUUAAAAAAUACAAAAGUUCAACAUUCAUCUUGAACUUUUGGUGAAUCAUUUGGUAUUUCAAUCCAUUUAGUUGUUGGAGUCUGAAAUAGACAGCCAAAGCUUAUCAAUACAAUAUAACCAGAAAUACCAUGAUUCCAUGCCAUAGGUUUCUGUGUAUUUCUUGUUUUAGCCACCAGUAUAAAAGUGGCGCAGCUUUGAAAAUCUCCACAUUUAAAUGUUCAGCCAAAUUCUCAGUGCAGGAAAACCAAUCAAACGAGUUGAGGACAUAAUGAAACCGUCACACUGUCUGACUGGAUGUAAGAGAUCCAGUAAGCUUCUGCACACCACGGGCACCCUCGAGCGCUUUCACAAGCAGGGUUUCUCUGAGUCACAGCCCUAUCUCUCAAACCCCAGCCCUGGCCAAAGGGACAACAGACGUUUUUCUCUCCAAGAUAAAUAUUCAGGAAUUACAGGAAUAUUUUGGCUGUGGGCGAGGGGUGAGGGGUGAGGGGAGGGUAAGGGGGCCGAGGGUGCUUGAGUAGUCAGCGUUUGUCUGUCAAGGGGAGGAAGGGCUGAUGUUGCCUAGGCUUUCCAAAGAGCUCCUAGCUCCAUGAAGAGACCAUAGACAGAGCCACCCUCUUCACAGCUCUGACAGCAGACGAGAUGUUUUUUCUCUGAAAAGCAAUUUCAAAUAAACAGCAAUGUAAUGUCGUUCACGGAGACGUCGAAAACCUGGAGGGUCGUACGAAUGGGAAACUACCUUGCGUGUUAAAAGUGGGUGUAGCAGAAAGCACAAUAAUGUUGAUAAUAAUGGCAAUGACGAUGAAAAUGAUUGUGACUUGCUGAUUGUGACUCAAUGGCGACUUUGUCACGAACAUUAGAACGUAUUGCUAUAGGUGUCAUACAAUGGCACCGACACAACUGUGCUUUAUUCUUAAGUGUAACAUUAUCACAACAUGGGAGUGCUCAAUUCAUGGAAAAGCUUUGGUUCCACCGGCUGCUACACCGCCUCACUGCUAAUCGUGUUCAAUUUGCUCUGUGUGUAGAUAAAUUCGGUCUCUUGUGUGAUUUAAACUUCAGUAGAGAGAGUUGCACAGUAUCAUCCAACAUCGUAGAACUGUGUGAGAACUUGUUUGUCAUAGGCUGGCCAUAAUUGUAGUGAUUGUGGUUAUAACAAGUCUAUUUAUAUUGGCCUUUGACCAGAUAGAGUCAUGUUAUGUUGGGAGCCAUUAGCAGAGCGUCAACAUUGUUUUGCUUGGGAUCUUGUGCCAAGAAACCUCUGUGCUGUUUAUGUCUAAUUUCCCUUCAGACAGACAGAGGACAAUAAGGUGUUAACUCGUGCCAACAUGAUGGAAAUUUCAUGGGCAAUUACUAAAGCACAAAAUCUGAAGAAAAUAAAGUGAGCUAUAGGUAGGUUGAUCAUCUAUGAAUGUCAUAUAUUUAAGAGUACUUCAAUGUAUUUUCUACAUCUUUCAUUACCGUAUGGUCCAGUAUUUAUUGGCGCGCUAGUUUGUAUACAUUAUAAUACAAAGAUUAACAGCAGAUCACAUACCGUAUUAUAAUAAAAUAGCAAUGUGUUUAACGUUGUCUCAUCU